AUGGUCAAGAAUUCGUCGUUUGAAUUACAGACCAGCUUUAAGAUCGACUAUGCUCCUUCGUCUAUCAAGAAAUGGCGCUCUUCAAGAACCGGCCUCCAAGUCACUUUAGUUGACCAGGAAUCUCCUAUUGUCAACGGCUACUUUGCUGUUGGAACGGAGAUCAUGAAUGACAGUGGUUGCCCUCAUACUUUGGAACAUUUGAUUUUUAUGGGGUCCAAGAAAUACCCUUAUAAAGGUUUAUUAGAUACUUUAGGAAACCUUGCGUUCAGCGUCACCAAUGCAUGGACUGCCACCGAUCAGACUGUCUAUACUUUAACCACGGCGGGUUGGGAAGGCUUUAGGAUGCUUUUACCCGUCUAUUUAGAUCACUUGCUCUAUCCUACCAUUACCGACUCUGCCUGCUAUACAGAGGUAUAUCAUGUGGAUGGCGAUGCUACUGAUAAAGGAGUUGUCUAUUCAGAAAUGCAAGGAAUCGAGAAUCAGUCGUACUUUGUCGAAGGUUUAGAAACACAGAGAGCACUUUACGAGAAGUCUGGAUAUAAAUCCGAAACCGGUGGUCUCACCAAAAACUUACGCACUAUAAGCCAUGAGAGCAUCAGGAAGUAUCAUGCUGAUAAUUACAGGCCUGAUAAUCUAUGCAUUAUUGUCUCUGGAUCAGUGAAUGAAAACGAGCUUUUGGAUGUUAUGACCGAGUUUGACUCUCAAUUGGAACCUUUACCUGCCAUUCCUAACAAGAGGCCAUUUAUAGAUAGUGAGCAUGAUGACCCUCUUUUUGAGCCGGUUUACAAAACUGUCGAGUUUCCGGACGAGGAUGAAUCUGCAAGCGAAAUCCAGAUUUCUUGGAUUGGUCCUGAUGGGAGAGAUAUUGUUAUGGAAGAGGCAGUCGAAACUUUGGGCAAGUACUUUACCGAUUCGGCAGUUUCACUCUUCAGUAAGAAUUUCAUCGAGGUUGAGCAUUCUUUAGCAACCGGUUCCGAGUUUUAUUCCGAUAGCUACUACAGAACUGGAAUGAACUUACUCUUCAACAAUGUUCCUACUUCAAAGGCUGAUGCGCUUCCUGGUAAAGUAUUCAAGUUGUUGAGGGAUCACUGCGAUUCAGCUAAGUUGGACCUAGUUAGAUUAAGGGACUUGGUGGAGCGGAGUAGAAGAAAAUUCGUUUUUUCGGCCGAAAAAUCACCCGAUUCGAUGAUCAACAUGGCAAUCUUUGAGUUUACUUACGGGCCUGCUGAUAGUUCUGGCUUGAAAGAUUGGUUGAAAACCCUGCAUGAGUAUGAUACCAUUGCAAAAUGGGGCAUCAACCAAUGGGUGGACGUCUAUAAAAAGUACUUUUUGGACAAUAACCCUUGCGUUGUUGUUGCAAAGCCUUCCUCGAAAUUAUAUUCAAAGUUGAAGGAGGAUAAUAAGAAACUCAUAGCUGAUAGAAAGUCAAGACUUGGCGAGAAAGGAUUGAAAGAACUUGUUGCUAAGUUGGAAAAAGCAGAAGCUGAGAAUAACAGACCGAUUCCUAAACAGAUUUUGGAUUCAUUUGGCCGGCCUGAUCCGUCCCAUAUUCAUUUCAUACACACAACUUCUGUUGGGGCUGGUUUGAAUAAGGAUAUCAAAAACGAUCUUUCGUCUGAUGUAGUGAAGAAUAUAUUGGCAGAUACGCCAGAGAACUUUCCUCUUUACAUCCACGUCGAAAAUAUCGAGUCGAACUUUGCUACAAUUCAUCUUCUCUUUUCAUCAUUUGAAUUCGAAAAGAAGUAUCUCCCCUACAUUCAAGUUUUCAAGAAUAUACUUCUUUCUUUGCCAAUCGACAACGAGGAUGGCACACAAAUUUCUUAUGAAGACGUUGUUAAACAACUUAAGAGAGACACAAUUGACUAUAGCUUUGGCAUCUCCUUUCUUGGUGCGUACGGUGAACUUCUAGAUUUCAAAAUUACCAUUGCUGUGGAAAAUUAUAAGAAGGCAAUCGAUUGGUUCUACAGGAUUAUGUUCAAGACCUUAUUUACCAAAGAUAGAGUUCUUGUUGCUUUAGACAAGUUGGUUAAAAGCAUCCCGGAGAUCAAGAGAAGUGGACCAACUAUGCUUUACUCGAUCAUUAACAAGACCUCUUUCACUGACAGAUCUUUGAGAAGAGCAGGGGACGCCUACCAACAAGAGAGCUUUUUGAGAGAUCUUUUAAUGAAGGUGAGAGAUGAAGAUGGCUUCAAUUCUGUUAAAAAGAUACUUGAGGAUAUGAGAGCUCAGAUUUUCACACUAAGAAACACAAGAACGGUGUUAAUUCUUGAUUCUUCCAAAAUUGCCGACGCAGUUUCAUCUUGGGAGCCAUUCGUGGAAAGAAUCAAGAAUGGAUCGGCAGGAUUGCCUUUGACAGACCUCCCACUGACAUCCAAAGUAUUGUCUCCCGAUGGAAUGGAAAAGAGGAAGAAGUGUGUGAUUAUUACAACCCCAGGAUCUGACUCCAGUUAUAUGAGUUUGGAAACUAGCAUUCCCUUUGAUUAUCUUUGCGAUGAUUCGUUCAAGAUUAUUCUUGGUGCAGAAUAUUUGCAAUGUGUGGAAGGACCAUUCUGGAAGGCCAUCAGAGGAACUGGUCUUGCCUACGGUGCUAACAUGUCUAGAAAUGUAGAGACCGGAAAAUUGGCGUUCAGCAUCUACCGUGGUGCCGAUGUUGAGAAAUGCUUUGAUGCUGCCAAACAGCUAAUUAACGAUUAUGCUUCGGGAGUUACUCCGGUUGAUGAAAAAAUGCGGCUUGGAGCUAUAUCUUCUGUGGUGAAUGGAUUGACAAACUCACAAUCUAAUUACUUUGAGGCUGCUAGUAUGAAAGUGCUGGAUGAGAUUUUGGCCAGGCGUGGCCCGGAUUAUAACGGUCGCUUGAUGAAGGAACUAACGAACAUCAGUAAUGAGGACUUGGUACACAUUUUCAAGAAGUAUUUUGUCAACGUGUUUGAUCCAAAGCAUUCGAUCUGUUUCAUUAGUUGCAACCCAGUACAGGGUAAGAGCGUUGCCAAGCAUUUUAAAGAUGCUGGUUAUGAGGUGACGGUUGAGCAGGCAUCAGUGGAUGAAAACGAGGAAGAGGAGGAAGGUGAAGAGUCCAGCGAGAGUGAAGUUGAGUCUAAAUUAUAA